AUGCUUCGCUCAAGGUCAAACUCAGCAUACUCCCUGCAAGACCUAUCUCAUCGUCCCCCAUCCCAUCGCCCUUCUCAGACGUCGGAUGGAAACAACUCAGAUACAAGGCCCCGAAACAGCAACACCUCCGCGCGUGGAGAUGUCUCCGCUGCGCCGCAGAAGGAGGAGGAGGAGCAGAAGAGGUCGAGGCUGGGGAGGUUCUGGCACGAGUAUGUGAGCUGCGAGGUUGACUUUUCGGCGUCGAGGGAUCAUCUAGCCAACGAGAGAACGUUUCUGGGUUAUCUUCGUACAUCAGUCGCAAUGUCAAUGGUUGGGACGGUGGUAGCACAGCUGUUUUCUCUGCAGCAUGAGGGUCAACAUCAGGCAUUUGGAUACUUCGCUACAGGGAAGCCGUUGGCCAUGACUUGCUAUUCCUUCUCGAUUGGGACGAUACUUCUCGGUGCAGUGCGGACUUGGAGACAUCAACGGACUAUGAUGAGUGGGAAGGCGUUGGUUGGAGGGUUUGAGCUUCACCUUUUGGGGAUAUGCAGCAUGUUGCUUCUGCUGGUCUUCUUUUCUUUUCUUCUUGCUAUUGAUGUUGUCAAAGACAAGGAGCCUGUACCUACUGCAACUCCUUAG